UCGAAUUAGCAUUGACAGCCGAAGCGCAACUUUUCCCGAGGCAAAGUGAAAUCAAGCCGCGGACUCGGACUAAAUCUAGUACCUAGGUUUUCAACUCAUAAUUACCGAAAUAAGAAAAUAACGAACACCCGGAAUAAGCGCGUCGCUGUGGGAUUAUUAUAGCAGUGGAUCUGUCCAGGUGCUGAAGUCUUUGCUACGUCUUUGUAAGAGUUUCCGCCGUGGCGGAAAGUGAGUGACGAGUCGUGUCCCCAGCAAAGAGGCAAGAACUUGCUUUGCAGCCCGUGUAGUUGUUCUUUCGGUUGUUAUUGUCGCUUUUAAAAUUUAUUUUGUCCUCAAAACUUCUUCGAGAUUGCUUAAAAAGUGCAAGAAAAGUGCUUGGAAAGUCAGACCAUGGAACUACAGGGCCUACAAGACUCGUUGAAAUUGGAAAUUCAGUGUCAUCAGAAACUAGUUGCACAGAUGAAGCAAGAUCCACAGAACGGGGAUCUUAAGAAACAACUCCACGAAAGACAAUCAAGAAUAUCAGCUCUAAGCGAAAAACAAAAGCUUGCGGUAAGAAGUUGUCCUGUUGGGAACACCAAACCCAUUUCCCUCAUCAAGCCACCCAGCCAGAGCAUAGCAAUUUCAGUGGUGCCGGCAAAGAAUCCUAUCCCCAUGGUUACUGCACACAGUAACGGACAGAAGCCAGCGAGCCCAGAUCCUCCGCAGACAUCCCCCAUCAACCUGCAGACGGCUAGCAAAGCAGGGGGCAGGAGAGUGUCCGAAAAAUCAAGCUCACAGAUUUUGGGACCCGUCACAGCAGGGCCCAUCAAGGUUCCUCAAGUCAGCUCCCUGUAUCGACUGGUAGGGCAGGCAUCCACAGAGCUACCUCAGGUAAGGCCAAAGACCCUGAUCCCUGACAGUGUGCCGGUAAGCCCCUGUCGCGAGCAGCCGUCCAGUCAGCCCCUGCAGAAGGCCACGAUGGUCAGCAUCAAGAACGCCGGACCCGCCCUCCCCACAGCCAACAACACCGUCUGCCACGUCCAGCUGCCAAACAGCCAAUCCAUGGCCACAAGCCUCUCCGAGCCGGCCAGCGUGUCUCCUGUCCUCACCACAGCAGGAGUGGCCUACGCCAUCAUCUCCACGUCGCCCGGCAACAGCACGGGCACUGCAGUCUCCGUCAUCAGCGACUCCAUGAAGGGGCAGCCUCUCCUCAUCAGCGCAGACAGCAAGGUGAUAAUAAUUCAGCCCCAGGUUCAAAGCCAGAGUCAGCCAGAGAUUAAAGCAGAACCCAAGAAAGCAUCUGAAGAGCCUGUUCAGAGCUCUCCCCUGCCUGCCAGGAAGAAAAAAGCAGAUAGCCCUGAGAAAAUUGCCUUCAUGGUUGCACUUGGCUUGGUCACAACAGAACACUUGGAAGAAAUCCAGAGCAAGCGGCAGGAAAGGAAGAGGAGGAGCACAGCCAAUCCGGCCUACAGUGGUCUGUUCGAGCCUGAGCGCAAACGACUUGCAUCAAACUAUCUAAAUAACCCCUUGUUCCUGACAGCAGGAGCCAAUGAGGAUCUCUGUUGGAAGGAUGACAUUGUGCAUGAUGAACACUGUGCAGUGUGUAAGGAUGAUGGGGAGCUGCAGCCCUGCGAUACCUGCUCCCGAGCCUAUCACCCCGACUGCCUGGAUCCCCCACUCAAGACGCUUCCCAAAGGGAUGUGGGUGUGCCCAAAGUGCCAAAAAAAGGUGCUGAAUGAAGACAGCAUGGCGUGGCCUGAGAACCUGGCCAUUGUCCACUCCUACAUCACACACAAAGCAGUGAAGGAGGAGGAAAAGAGGAAGCUGCUGAAGGGAAGUGUACAGUUGAAGAGUGAGCACAAACAGCUGGAUGAGAAAGAGAGGCAGCUGGGCAGCUCAAUAACGAAAUGUGUGGAUUUGAAAAACAGCCUGCUGGCGGUGCAGAGGGGAACGCAGGCCUCCUUGGAGCGGCUGAAGGCUCUAAUCCGACUCAUCCAGAGAGACCAGGUGAUCCAGGUGACCAUGACUGCCACCACCACAGCAGCUUCCCCUCUCCUCACCAUCCCCUGGAUCAAGCCCACGAGCUGCGGCAGCCCCGCCCCUGUCUCUGCCGCCAGCACUGCCAGCAACCCCGCCGGCGCCCUGCAGAAAGGCCUGCCUCAGGCCCAGGGCAACAACUGACAUGCCUGGGGGGAGUCAAGAUACAAGCCGAGCACCGCGAGCAUCAUCUAAAGAACAAUUAACUCUUUUUAUAGGUCUGAAACACCAUAGAAAAUACUAACCAAUGCAGUUUAUAGACAGCUGUUGUGGCAAUCCUAUAUCCCACAAACAGUUUGUCAAUGCAUAUUUUGUAACUCCGACACCUUCAGUGCUUAUGAGAUUUUUUGUUUUUUAUUCUUGGCCUUAAUGUACUUAUGAAUUUAAAAAAGAAAAAACGGCCGAUAGAAAAAAAAUAGUAUUCAGUACGGCAGAUGUUUUUUUUUUUUUUUUUUUUAAAGUUCUGCACAUAGUGAGAGACACAAACUAGUUAUUAGUAGCAGUAGUUAUUUCUUUAAAAAAAAAAACAUUGGAAAUGUGGGACUGUCCUUUUCAAUCUGAUUAGGUUCUCCAAGUCUGCCGUGUGUAUUCAGGUGAAAGGGGGCUGGGGGAAAUGUUUUCAUUUUUUGUGUCUGGAUCAAAAGAGCCUUCAAACAAAACAAAGAAUCAUUUUUCAGUAUUACAGUUCAGAUAUUUAAAACAAACAAAAAAAGACAUUACGGAGUUGAGCAUUUCUCAUGAAAAGGAAGUAUUUUCCUGCUGAUGCCUAUCGAUUAUGUGAAGUAUUGAAGAGGGAUCACAGAACAACUCUUUUGUUAUUUUUCUUACAGGUCCAAACUUGCUGUCGAUGUAUUUUCUCACAUAUUGAUUUUGUGCAAAGAUGUUAUUAUUUCCGCUUGCACCUUAUUGUAGAUAUUUUCUGGCAAGCCUAGUGUUGAUUAUUUUAUGUUCGUCUGUAAGUGUGUGUGGGGGUGGGGGCGUUUUUUUUUAUUUUUUUUUUCCAAUAUACUUUUGCCAGUACAGAAAAUAUGCCAAAAAACUUUAAAUUUUUGUACUGCAGUUAAUUUUUAUUUUAUUUAUUUAUUUUUAAUUGUAAUAUUAAUAAUAAUACUAAUACUAAUAAUAAUUAUAUGAAUUUAUACACCUGGCGUGUCGCUUGCCAAAAAACAUCCACUAUAUGGUACAAACAUAAACUGCCUCAAGUGAAACGUCUGGAGGUUUCAUUACAAAUAUAUCAGAAUUUGUUUUACAGGGGCUGCAAAAUGAUGAAGGUUUGUAUUUUGUGAAGACCUUCCUUUUUUUGUCCUUGUUACUUGGAUAUUGUUAAGCGAGAGAAAUCCAAGAACACUUUUACUAGUUAGUCUUCCUGAUAAACAAAGGGACAGACUGGGCCUUUUCUAGGCCUCAGGCCUAUUGUUUAAUUUUGAGGCUAUUCUCACUAUAGCCUUUCAUUCAGACCCUGAGGCCUACAUUGGUAGGAAGUGUUAGGUGACAAUUUUUUUGCUGUUGUUUUUACUAAUGUUAAACGAUAAGGAAAAAAAAGAAACGCUAGUUUGAUUUAUUGGUAUAUUGUUUUUUUUGUUUGUUUGUUUUUAAAUAAAUAUGCAGUAUCCCUUUGGGUGCAAAAAUUUAUAAGGUAAACCUAAAUAACUGUUGAGAAAGGUAUAGAGCAUGUACAGUAAAUACUAGUCUGCUUUCUGUGGAUGGGCUGUUGGGUUUGCUGAAAGGUGUGAUGGUUCUGUAUUGUUUUUUGGAGGGAGCUGAAUCUUUAUAAUUGGUUUCUGAAGGCUACCACUGUAUUACAACGGGUCAUCCUAAUGACAGGUUUCGAAGUCCUGUCCUGUACAAAUCUACAAGGGUCUGCCUGUACUGUCUUCACACAAAAUACGCUUUAAAUCCCCCAAAACCCAUGUUGAAUGUCAAUAUAAUAUGGAUUCACCCUGUUUUUCACACAACUGCGGGCUGUUGGGAAGAACGAGUACCCUCUGGGUAUUCAUCCUUUAAAAUAAUCCAUAGGAUUUGUGCCAUUGUCCUCUAGCUGUAUCUGUAGAUCACACCCUUUUCUAUAGUUUUCUAUCAUUUUUUACAGCUCUGUAAAACUGGCGGUAAUUCCUUGAAUUUUCUGUAGAUUUCUGUAAAUACUUCUAGAUUUCUAGACGCAUUAUACUUUCUGCUUAAAAAACUAUAAGAACUUUCUUAUACAAACGUCAUGGCCAGUGCCUUUGUCAGUGUUAUUAUGUGUUUAUCAUAUUGCCCAAAUCUAAAAAAAAUAAAAUAAAACAUGACUUUACACGUAACCUUUUCACAAAAGGGUUGCUUUGUUCUGUUUUUAAAUUUGUUUCUAAGUGACACUCAACAAGAGCAAUAACUGCUAGUUUACUAAAAGGAUGUAAACUUCACCGGCCAGGAGCUCUCCAGCUUACUUGUCCUUUUCAAAGAGUGGAAAAAGAAAACAGGCAGCUUUCAAACAAACACCUGGUGUGAAGACAAUACAAGAAGGCUGCUGCACAGACCCAUGGAAAGCAGUGUCCCUAUUCAGAAGCCAGUUCCGAAGUUUUGCUGGGUAUGUAGGACCUAGGAGUUGGUUUGUGCAGAAACAAGCACUGAAAGUCACACGACGCCACUCUGGCAGGACAGUUAAGAUAUACAGUCACCCUGUGCUUUCUUUGGUGAUCAGUGAUUAAUUUGCUUUAAUAGUCUUAUCCAGACACUAAGGACACUGAAAAGGUCCUGUCCCGAGAAGGUCCCAGUUAUGUGUGUACUUAUUAAAAAACAGACAGACUGACUGUGACAUAAUGUUCUGUUUCUAUCAGAACUGACCUUCAGGGAGCAGCCAGCCCACAUGUUUUCUGCAGCAAGGAUUCAAAGAUUGCACCUGGGUUACAAAUAACGAAUGUCUGCAGAGCUGCAUAGCCCUCAGGACAGACUGUUCAGGAUUUAAGUGGAAGCUCUAGUGAACAGUUGGUACACCCUAAAUGUACAGUUGGCAUGAUUUUAUCAAUUACCAGUUGGGUUCAAUUGUGUAAAAAGUUCACAGGAAAGCUAAGUAACUUUAACUUCAAACUGACUAUUAAAGAAGAUAAAUAAAAUAUCUAAUCAAAUUGUAUUUACUGACUAGGAAUUUAUUGUGGAAGUUUAGACGGUAGACUGUACCUAAACUUGUGUUAACUGAAUAUGUGCUAGCUUUCUCUCUAAGGGUUAUUAGUAUCAGCAAUGGCCAAGAAAAGAGGCAAAUACUGUAGCAAGAAUGCAACAAGUUGUAACAAUUUAUGCAGCAGUUUUUUUUGUUCUUUUUUUAUGCAAUUGAACCUUACAUUAAUAUACAAAACUAGCAAGUGCAUAUUGAAAUGUUAGGUAACUGUCUGAAUAGUUUUUGUCCCACUGUAAAAUAAACAAUACUUUAACAAGAACACAGAUCCCUAAUAUUAAAAGCAACCUGCCGAAUACUGAUUGUAACCACAGGUAUUGUAACCCAUUCAAAUCUUAGAACCUUUGCAGUACAGGUGUAACAGAAAGCGUGGGAAUCUGGUGUCCAGAGAGGUUAUUCUGAAACGAUACCCAUCACUCUCCCUCACCAAGGACUUGGGGAUGUACUCACGUGAUGUGAGAUUCUUUUAUUGCAUAUCAUCCGCUGGGAAAGGCUUUCCAAUUCACCUGUGGUCUCUUCAGAUCAAAUUUCGUCAUCAAAGGGAUACUGCACAACUGUUCCAAGAGCAUGAACAACAUCUACUGAAGUGGUGACAUAAGGCAAGCCCAUUUAAAAAAUAACUGACCAUAUCAGAGCACGGUGAGAACGUGCCCUUAAGCAGUCGUAUUUGAAGCCAGUUGAUUCCUUCAACCAUUUUCACAACUCCGGGAGAAACUGUGCAGUACUAUACAGAUCUAUUUUAAUACACUUGACACUAGAACAAGAUUUUUUAUAUUCUUUUAUCAAUGAACAAAGAUCGAAAUAUACUACGGUUAUUGUUUGCCAAUUAUGCACUGGGUUGUGGCUUGCCAAGUUCAAUGUGUUUUUUUGCAAUGGCGAGCCGAAAAGCAAGAAGACAUUGAAACUGGACAACAGAGCAUUCAGACGGAACGUCUCUGGGACUGUUAACAGCAGGGCUUUUAAAAAAUAUGAAAAGGAGACUGUCCAUGGGAUAGGGUGUAUAGGAAACAAAAGUGUUUUGUCUUAAAUAUGCCAAUGUAGUUUUACUUCUUUAUGAUGCAUUAAAAACUGAUUGAUGGAAGUUGAUGGCCGACCUGUUAAGUGUAGUCUUGCUUCUUUUUUUCCAAUCUUUUUAAACUUACUAGAUGUACGAUGAAGGCUUUUUUGUUGUUGUUGCAACCUUUAUAACAGGAUCAGCUUCAACAUGAAUCGAAAAUACACCAUCACAUUAAUGAGGAUCAUGCUUUAGUUUUCAGUUUCCACUUCUAAUCCAAAGAUAUUUUUCUGAUGCUAAAGAUAUCAAUAACAAUCUCUCUGCUGUCCAUUUUUAUACAACCAUUCUUUAGAUUGGAGAAGGGCAGAAGGUAUUUCGCAAUGGAGAUUACAUCAGGGGUGCAACGAUUCAUUGUGUAUCGCUGAACUGUGAUACUUACAUGACAUAUCUUACUGUAAUAAAAGUAUUGUUUGUAUCGUAAUAUAAGCCCGAAAGCAUAACAUAACUCAAUUGAUCACCAAGUGGUUCUUGAAUGAAGAGUGUUGCCUAUAGUUUUUAUGUAUCAUUUUUAUCUUUCAACAAAAUGGUCCAUCAUUAACUGACCAUAUGAUCUUACUACACAUCCUGCAAAUAGCCCAUCAAGACCAUAACAUGUACUGUGAUACAUAUCGCAUCAUGACCCACAUAUCCCAAUACAUAUAGUAUUAUGAGAUUAGUGUACUGUUACUCCGUUAUUGAUAUCAUCUAGUUUUAACUCUUGUCCCACAGAUUCCCGAGGGCUGUUUUGACAUUAUUUAUAACUAUUAAAACAAAUCAAUAUUGUUAUGUCCAGAAAUGCUAUAAGAAACUAAGACAAAAAACAUAAAAUCUAUGAAUGUUCCUGAAGUAGUGGAUGAGUAAUGUUCCUGGUUCCCAGAAUCUGGCUUUGGGGACUGGAGCUUUAUAAAAGAGAUCAUAAAUAAACACUUAAGAGGCAUGUUAUGUACUGUAGAUACAAAAUAUCCAGUUGCUCGCACGGCUGUUUGGUUAAAAAUCCAGAACCACUUGCCUGUAGCAGACUGUGCUCUGGGAUUGAUGCUGCCCCUAAGCAUUCGAUUCCCAUGUGGAAUUCAGUGGAGCGUGACCUGCAUUAUAGAAUUGAUUUAUCCCAGGGCAAGGGAACAGCAAGGCCACAGCAUUUCAAGGGCUGCACCUGUAUUUGCAAUCUGUUUUUACAGUUGAGUAGACUUGAGUGAGUUGCUACUGUCAGGUUGUUGGGAAGAAUGCAAUAGAUUUCAAUAUCAAUUUUAGCGUGAGCAGUCUGGUUUGCAUUUAGCUUAGAAAAGAGUUUGACAAGUUCCCUUGGUAUGACAAUAAUGGCAAAACACGAGGGGUUUAAAAGAUGAGUUAAAGAAUCAGGCUAAUCACAGGGAUCCCAUUCACCUGGCUUUAAACAAUGGCUGAUGUGACGAUUUGAGAAUUUUGCAUGAGAAAUGUCACCCAACCCAGGCCCUUGCUCACUUAACAAUCUACUGUAAGCUUCACUCAAUUGAUAAACUAUCCCUCUUCAAAUAAACCCAAAAAAGACUUUGACGAGCAAGCCAUUCCAAACACUAGGUAAGCAGUGUGACAGGACGGGACAUUCAUUCUUCGUUUGACCCCAAUAAGUGGGUUUCUGCAACAGCGAUUGCCAAAGCUGGUUCCACACAGAAUGUUUUACGCUCCAGACAGCUCUGCUUUCAGAACACUUAUUUUUACUGUGAAUCCUGCAAACCCCACUCUGAACAAAUCAUACCUGUGAUAUCACUGCAGCUCUGAGAUUCUAAAUGGUAAGGUGGUGUUUCUAGGAUUUUAUAAUGCCAUGAACAAGGGGCCUGAGAGGGGUAAAAGCUGACUAAAUUACCCUUUCUCAUUACCACAACAUGAACAGGUGGCCAGUUUACAAUAGUCAAUAUUUGUGAGUGAUCAUUGAGCGCAGUAAUUGCUGCAAGGCUGAGAGUUGGGGGCUAUGAUAAUUAAUCUGGCUGUGAUGACUUUUCAUCAUCGUUCCAAGACGGCAGCACCCUUUGAGUUUUUUAGGUUAAAAGUGUGGGGAUGAACACACAGAAGAAAAAGUGGGGUAAUCUAUAUUCUCAACACAAAAAAGUUUCACCAAAGCAACAGCAAACCUCAAUGGUCCAUGAUGAAUUCAUAUGGAAUUGCUGGUAAUAUAGCCAGAAAUUAAAAGUUGUAAGACUAGAACAAUGUUAUUGUUUUGUGUGAAACAGCCCAAUUUUUCCAUUUAUGCUGAAUAAUUAACCCAUUAAGUGCCAUUGUCCUAGGCUACUUUCUAAUUUUUUGGAGCAUUUUAAACUGGCAUCUACC